CGCGUUCACUAUGUCCCUUCACUUGAUACUCACAAUGUGUCUUAUUUACACGCACAAUACACGAAUGAAUGGUAUUUAAACUCCCCCAACUCUUGCGCUCCCAGAUCUUUCUCUCCUCACCACAUUCCAAAAACAACCACCGACCACAACCUACCUCACUUUCAAACGAAAAAUCGCACAACUCUCAUCAAAAUGUCUACCACUGACACACAAUACCCUACCCUUGACUACCCUGGUCUUCUCGCAAAGACCAAGGCAAUAUACACCUCAUACGACACCGUUCACUCCCUAUACGCUACUUUCUACCUGAUCGAGCGUAACGAUGUGGUGAACACCAUGACCCUGAUCGAGCUCUAUGGGAUGCAAGGGCGUCUCAACGGCCUCAUCACCUCCAUCGAAGCCGAGCUCAAUAACUUGUUCGCCCUCAUCGACGAUAUGGAGCACACGCACUCGCAGGUAUACUACGCUCUGCUCGUGCGCCGCGGCACCAACUGCGAUGUUGAAACUUCUCGUGGAAAAGUUGCAGGCUGGUUCAACCAGUGGCGUGGAUGGUGGGCUGAACUGGAGGGUAUGAUCAACCUGCAGCCCAUGAAAGAUCAGGUUGAGCGCCAUGUUGAGCAGCAGAGCUGGAUGAUCAAUGAGGGCGGGUGGGAUGAAGAUGAUUAG